UGCUGGAACCAUGGCUCUCCUUGCCUUCUUGAAUGCCCUGACCUCCCUGGCCCUGCUUGCCCAGUGCUGGGCCUUCGACUUGGGACAGUCUACUCGCUGCGUGCCCAUACCCAACAAGAUGAGCGUGUGCCAGGACGUGGGCUACUCAGAGAUGAGGCUGCCCAACUUCCUCGGGCACAGCAGCCUGGAGAGUGAGGUGGUGCCCCGCUCGGAGGACUGGCGUCCACUGCUGCAGACCGGAUGCCAUCCCCAGGCCAAGGCCUUCCUAUGCUCUCUCAUCGCUCCCGUCUGCUUGGAUACGUUUAUCCAGCCAUGCCGUAGUCUGUGUGUGGCCGUGCGGGAUAGCUGUGCUCCUGUCCUGGCCUGCCAGGGGCAUGUCUGGCCAGAGGCGCUUGACUGUGACCGCUUCCCUGCCCACGAGGACAUGUGUCUGACCUCUCUGACCAAACCCACUGGUGGCUACCUGCUUAAAGAUUUACCUCAGCCUGCCUGUCAAGACUGUCCUGCUGUGCACGAGCUCCCAUCGCUGAAAACACUGUUGGAUUCGUUUUGCCUCGGUGAUUUUGUUGUCAAAGCUAAACUGACACGCCGUCGUCUGCUGACUGGAGAGCCGGAGUUCGAUGUGGACGGACGCGUAGAGUUCAUCCAACAAGGCCCCCUCAUGCCUUACGACACCAACAGCCUCCUGCAGCAGUGGCUGCUUAUCAACCUGCGCUGCUCUCACACGCUGGUUCGCCCCGGCCGUGCUCAACUCUACCUCCUCACGGGAAAGGUGCAAUCCAACGGCAACGUGGCGCUGAAACAGCUCUUCCCUUGGCACAAGAAAGACGUAAACAUUGCAGUGGCGACUCGCAAAUGGAAACACCAUAUAUGUUAAAAGGACUAAAAUAGUGAAAUCGUAAUUGAGGUCAGACCAACGUCUGCCCGCUGGGGAAACUCCUGAUAAUCUUGGGGGGAACGAGACUGUGUAGUGGUGUAGCACUGAAGAAGCUGGCUUCUCCAAUUGGCGCACUGUUGCCCCCCUCUGGUCAAUUCAGUGACUCAAUGCAGCUCUUGGAGGAGAGAGAAAAUAAUGCACUCUGUAUUGUACAUAGAAACACACAAAAGGUAAAUGCUUUGU